AUGGAGGGAGGCCAGCCCUACCCCGGAAAAAGCCACCAACAAGAAGCAACGGGGGUCACGCCCGGUUCUCCUGCAGCCGCCCAUUCAGACGAAGACGACGGGUACGAGGUCCUGACUUCCUUUCAAGCAAACCGGGAACAGAAAGAAACCGGCGAGCUCACAGGUGCUCGCAAAAGUCCGAAGAACUCCCCAAGUCCCAGCUCUUCCAUGACGACAAAACAGCUUCAGGAAUAUUGGAGGAACGAGAAACGCAGCUUCCGAGCAGUCAAAGUACUUUUCGAAAUCUCAUCUGCCAGAAUUGUAGAGAACACCUUCUCUAAAUAUGUGAAAUACCAAAUCAUCAUUAUCCAAACGGGCAGUUUUGACAGCGACAGGUCAAUAAUUGAGCGCCGGUACUCGGAUUUUGAAAGGCUGCACGCAGAUCUUUUGAAGACGUUUUACGAUGAAAUGGAAGACGUUCCCUUCCCCAAAAAGAGCUUGACUGGGAACUUCACAGAAGACAUUAUCACGGAGAGGAAGUUAGCCUUCCAGGAUUAUCUGCGGCUUCUCUAUUCCAUGGAAUGCAUCCAGACGUCGAGAAUAUUUAUCGAUUUCUUAAUAAGGCCUGAAAUGGAGGAAGCCUACAGUUGCCUACGCGGAGGACAGUACCCCAAAAGUCUGGAAAUAUUCCUGCAAGUCGUGCCCCUGCAGGAAAAGCUAAUCAAGCACAGGCCGAUUCUUCUGGUCCCGACCCUUUGCGCCAUACUGAUCUGCCACAAAGACCUAGACGAUUCCAGAAGCGCCUACGAAUUUGGAGAGAGAGCUUUACUGCGCCUUCAGAACCAUCCCAACCACAGGUAUUUCAUGCCUCUGCUGGAAGCGAUGAUCUCCUUGGCGUACGACCUGGGCAAGGACUUCGUGUCCUUACAAGAGAAACUGGAAGAGAGGAAAGCCAAGAAAGGACCGAGAAAAGCGGUAACCCUGAAAGAACUUGUUGUUCGGGAAUAUGUACAGUGA